AUGUCGGCACCACCCUAUUCUUAUCCACCACCUCCAUCAGGCCAAGCACCUUAUUCUCCUCCUCCAGGAGGCCAAUACUAUGCACCACCACCACAGCAACAACAACAACCCUAUUAUCAACCAGCCCCUGCUCCACAAACGGUCGUUGUUCAGCAACAGCAAAAAGAUGACCCUGCUCAAGAUUGCUGUUGCAUGUGCCUUCAAACCUUAGCAUGCUGUUUCCUCUGGGAGGCUAUGUGCGAUUUAAUGGGAUAA